GCUCUCCCUCUUCCACGACACACCGAGCCCGGCUUGCUCCCCUUCACAACGCGCGCUCGACGCGAUGGACAUGGACAACUCUGUGCCCACGGACGCGGGGAAACCAGACACCCUCCGGCAGCGCACGAUCUCACUUCGCAGCCACCAAUCACACGGACGGGCCAGCUCCCCUCGCCUCCACAUCUUUCCUGACCGGACCGGGACGCUCGUCUCACAAAAUCCCAGGCUGACCCCCGACCGACCCCACAUCAUCGCGCCCAAACCCAGACGCCAUCACUUCCUUGACGGUCCUACCCUCCUGCGCACACCCUCCUUGUCCCCCGACUCCUCACGCGCCGCCUCUCCCCCAUCUCCCGCACCUCUAGCGCCAGCAGAUAGGCUCAUUCGCAAGAAUGUAGGCCUCGGCGCGAUCGCGGAGUCGUUCACCACGCCGACUGCAUCCACGAGUGCGAAAGCAGACACGGAGACAUCCAUGGCGCGCCGUUCUCUGCGCUGGCUGCACAAGCGCGGCUUGAAGCACUAUACUGUCCCCCUUGCCAUACUUUGCACCACGCUGCUGAAGCUCGCCAUCGGGACGGGCUCGUAUUCCGGGCAGGCCACACCACCUAUGUUCGGUGACUACGAGGCGCAGAGGCACUGGAUGGAACUCACUGUACACCUACCAACACGUGAAUGGUACCGAUACGAUCUUCAAUAUUGGGGGCUCGACUAUCCGCCACUGACGGCCUACGUGUCGUGGGCUUGCGGCAUUGUCGCACAUCUCAUCAACCCCGCCUGGGUCGCGCUUGACGCGUCGCGCGGCAUUGAGUCGGACACAAGCAAGCUCUUCAUGCGCUUCACGGUCCUCGUCCUGGAUGCGCUCGUUUACGUUCCUGCACUUCUGAUGUUCACUCGCUCAUGGCUAGCGUGUCGAUCGAGACGAACGCAGCAUGCAGCUUUACUCCUCCUACUCACCCAACCCGCACUCCUGAUCAUCGAUUUCGGGCACUUCCAGUAUAACAGCGUGAUGCUGGGACUCACCCUUCUUGCCCUCAACUACUUCUCCGCCGGCCGAGACACCUUAGGCGCCGCGUGCUUCGUCCUGAGCCUCGGGUUCAAGCAGAUGGCCCUUUACUAUGCCCCCGUCAUCGGCACCUACCUCCUGGGCAAAUGCUUCUACGUCGGCGGCCGGAACGGACGCAUACUCUUCGCCCGUCUAGCUCUCGUCACCUCCGCAACCUUCGCCCUCUUGUUUUCUCCUUGGCUUUCGCCGCCUACCCUCCUCCUCGACCCGCUUACCCGUAUCUUCCCCUUCGGCCGCGGCCUCUUCGAGGAUAAGGUCGCCAACUUCUGGUGUGCGUCGAAUGUUGUCUUCAAGUGGCGCAACUGGGCGGGCGCGACAACGCUCAUCCGCUUGUCGACGAUGCUGACCGCCUUGGGCUUCCUGCCUGCUGUGAUGGUUCUCGCCCGUGGCUCGUGGAUCCUAUGGAAGGCAAGGGACACGGCGGAGAGGGAAAUACUGGCGUUGGAGACCGGCCUUGAGGAAAAGGGCAGGUCCGCGGAAGACGGUGCGGCGUCCACAACCAAAAGCAAGCCCGGCAAGAUCGAGCAGCCGCUUCUGCCCCUCCUGCCCUACGCGCUGCUCACCAGUUCGCUCUCGUUCUUCCUAUUCUCCUUCCAGGUGCACGAAAAGACGAUCCUAGUGCCGCUGCUGCCCAUCACCAUGCUUAUGUCGAGUGCGGCGCCCGAGUCAGCGUUGUUUGGCUGGGGCGCGUUGGUGAACAACGUAGCCAUGUUCAGCAUGUGGCCGCUGCUGAAGCGCGAUGGGCUGGGUGUGCAAUAUAUUGCGCUGCUUCUGCUGUGGAAUCGGUUGAUUGGGUACAAUCCUGCGAAGCUGCCGAAGUGGUCGUUUGUGCAGGUGCUGUCGGUGGCCGUCUACGUCGCCUCGUUUGGUCUGCAUCUACUAGAGCUUGUCGUGUCCCCACCCGCGCGCUACCCGGACCUCUUUCCCGUCUUGAACGUCCUCGUCAGUACACCCGUUUUCGCCUCCGCCUGGCUCUGGAGCAUCGUCUCCAUGAUACGCGUCGGCUGGGCCAUCGGCCCCCUCGGCGGACGCCGCGACCCACGGACCCUCGGCUGCCAGUCCAUAACGCGACAAGUAUCCCAGUCGACCAUGCGCGAUGCAGGCGAGAGCGAUGUCGGGGAGGGAAGCAAGAAGCGGUCAGGGAGACGGUCGGCGAGCGUGACGAGCACGAGCACGAUUGCGCCUGGUGGGAGCAUGCGAAGUACGGCGGGUGGUUUGCGUCCGCCGAUACCGUUCUUUGAGAGUACGGGGGUAGAGAGGGCGAGGGGCGGUAGGACGCAGAGUUUGACGUACUCGCAUGGGAGGGGCGCGAGGGGGAGCACGUCGAGCGUGGGUGGUGGAGUACGCGAGUGAGGUUGGGGAUCUGUUCUGGUUACGAAUGGCGGAUGGAAUCGUGGAUCUGUACGAACUUACCUAGCAUGUAAUAUGCUCUACAACAUAUUGUACUGAGCACCCACCGAGUGGAGUUGCUUCUCGUUGGCCAGUACUCAUUCAUCCGGUGUCAACAAUAGCUCAGCAAUGUCAAGGAGGC